UAUAAAGUGUUCAAAAGCCAAAGCCAGUUUAGUUAGUCUUUUGCCCUGCUGUUGUGCGGUUAUUACUAAGUGGAUUUUUGGAAAGCAAAUUAAAUACUUCAAAGAAACAUGGUGGAUUUCUACUACCUACCUGGUUCUGCACCUUGUCGUUCAGUGCUUCUGACUGCCAAGAGCCUUGGUAUUGAACUGAACAAGAAAUUAUUGAACUUGCAAGCUGGUGAACAUUUGACUCCGGAAUUUUUGAAAAUCAACCCGCAGCACACCAUUCCCACAUUGGUGGACAAUGGCUUUGCGCUUUGGGAGUCGCGUGCCAUUUUAGUUUACUUGGUCGAGAAAUAUGGCAAGGAUGACUCAUUGUUCCCCAAAGACCCCAAGAAGCAAGCUGUCGUCAAUCAGCGGCUAUACUUUGAUAUGGGCACUCUAUACAAAUCAUUCGCCGACUACUAUUACCCACAGAUCUUCGCUAAGCAAUCCGCUGAUCCUGAAUUGUAUAAAAAGAUAGAAACUGCUUUUGAUUUCUUGAACACAUUCCUAGAAGGCAACAAAUAUGUGGCUGGUGAUAAAUUGACCGUAGCUGAUUUAGCAAUUCUCUCUACGGUUUCCACAUUCGACGGCGCUGGCUUUGAUAUCAGCAAGUACCCUAAUGUUGCUAAAUGGUACGAAACUGCAAAGAAACUACCUGGAUGGGAAGAGAACUGGGAAGGUGUUUUGGAAUUCAAGAAAUUUUUCGAUUAGGCAGUUUGUUAACAUAGUGUUAAGACUUAGAUAUGUAUGUGCAUAUGUAUUUGUGUUUCGUUGUAUUACAUUUACGUUUUGUGUAAAUUGUAAGUAAUCAUAAAUACCAACAUUAUUUUAAAAAUAAAAAUCGCCACUCAUUUAAAAAACUAAAACA